AUGGUGAUCGGGGCGUAUGGGGACGACGACAAGGGAUCCGACAGCGGGUUGGCGUACGUGUUCACGCGCAACACCGCCGGCGACCUCGCCUCGGGCUGGACGCAGGUUGCCAAGCUGACCGCGAGCGACGGCGCUGCGGGUGACCAGUUCGGCCAAAGCGUGUCGAUCGACGGCGACACGGUGGUGAUCGGGGCGUGGAGGGACGACGACAAAGGAUCCGAGAGCGGGUCGGCGUACGUGUUCACGCGCGUCACCGCCGGCGACCUCGCCUCCGACUGGACGCAGGUUGCCAAGCUGACCGCGAGCGACGGCGCUGGGUAUAACUACUUCGGCAUCAGCGUGUCGAUCGACGGCGACACGAUGGUCAUCGGGGCGAAUUAUGACGACGACAAUGGCAUCGAAAGUGGGUCGGCGUACGUGUUCACGCGCAACACCGCCGGCGACCUCGCCUCGGGCUGGACGCAGGUUGCCAAGCUGACCGCGAGCGACGGCGCUCAUUAUGACAACUUCGGCUACAGCGUGUCGAUCGACGGAGACACGGUGGUGAUCGGAGCGCGUUAUGACGACGACAAGGGAUCCAACAGCGGGUCGGCGUACGUGUUCACGCGCAACACCGCCGGAGACCUCGCCUCCGGCUGGACGCAGGUUGCCAAGCUGACCUCGAGCGACGGCGCUGCAAAUGACAGGUUCGGCAGGAGCGUGUCGAUCGACGGCGACACGGUGGUGAUCGGGGCGUAUGCGGACGAUGACGAUGGAACCGACAGCGGGUCGGCGUAUGUGUUCACGCGUGACACCGCCGGCGACCUCGCCUCCGGCUGGACGCAGGUUGCCAAGCUGACUGCGGACGACGGCGCAGCGGGUGACAACUUCGGCUGGAGCGUGUCGAUCGACGGCGACACGGUGGUGAUCGGGUCCCAAAGAGACGCCGACAAUGGCAUCGAAAGUGGGUCGGCGUACGUGUUCACGCGCGACACCGCCGGCGACCUCGCCUCCAGCUGGACGCAGUUUGCCAAGCUGACCGCGUACGACGGCGCUGGGUAUGACUACUUCGGCUGGAGCGUAUCGAUCGACGGCGACACGAUGGUCAUCGGGGCGUAUAGGGACUCCCAUAUCGCGAAUGACGUGGGGUCGGCGUAUGUGUUCGAAUUCGCACUGACGCCUGGCUCGUGCUCGGUGUCUGCGCCGCCCCGAAACGGCAACGGCAACGACUGCGUCUUUCCCCUCGCGCACGGAGAGGCGUGCACGCCCGUGUGCGACCACGGUUUCACCGCCGUUACUGCGUCGGCGGGGUGCGUCAACGGGAACUUAUUCCCCGGGGAAUGUCGGUGCUCCCGAGGGUAUCCCAGGUCCUAUCACGGCAACUGGCCGUGCAGCAUCGAGAAGAGGAUGGAGCUCUGA